CAGAAAUGAUAAUUCCAUAUUAAAAAAACAAAAAAGAAAAAGGUGCUCUACUUCAAUCGUGUUCUUUAUGGGUGUUUCGUGAACUCAGAAGGUGCUGUCCUCUCUGAAACGCGAAACGAAGCUUGCUGCGAAUAGGGUUUGAACUCGAACGAAGCUCUCCCAACGCUUUCUGCUAUGUUGGAAUGAGUGAGAAAAUGUCGAUUGCAACGCCUUUCAGCAAGUUGAUUAGAUGUGUUAUCCUUGAUCUGGAUGGCACGCUGCUCAACACAGAUGGCAUUGUAGGCAACGUUUUGAAGGUUUUGUUAGGUAAGUAUGGAAAGGAAUGGGAUGGAAGGGAAACUCAUAAAAUUAUAGGAACGACACCGUUUGAAGCUGCUGCUACAGUUGUAAAAGAUUACGGACUUUCAUGCUCGACCACUGAGUUUUUUUCUGAGAUUUCGCCAUUGUUCAAUAAUCAGUGGGGCAACAUUAAAGCACUUCCUGGUGCCAAUCGGUUGAUUAAACAUUUGAAGAGUCAUGGAGUUCCGAUGGCCUUGGCAUCAAACUCUCCGAGGGAAAACAUUGAAGCCAAAAUAUCCUAUCAUGAUGGAUGGAAAAAUUGCUUCUCGGUCAUAAUUGGUGGAGAUGAAGUCAAAACCGGGAAACCUUCCCCUGAAAUAUUCCAUGAAGCUGCUAGGAGGUUAAGCGUGGAGCCUUCCAGCUGUCUUGUCAUUGAAGAUUCUCUACCUGGUGUCACUGCAGGUAAGACUGCUGAAAUGGAAGUGAUUGCUGUACCAUCACUUCCAAAACAGCCACAUCUCUAUACUGCAGCAGAUGAGGUGAUCAAUUCCCUACUUGAUUUGCAACUUGAAAAGUGGGGUCUACCUCCAUUUGAAGAUUGGGUGGAGGGAACUUUGCCUAUAGAUCCUUGGUAUAUUGGUGGUCCUGUCAUCAAGGGUUUUGGUCGGGGCUCGAAGAUGCUCGGGAUCCCCACAGCUAAUUUGUCAGCAAAGGGCUAUUCAGAUCUCCUCACAGAGCAUCCUGCAGGAGUUUAUUUUGGUUGGGCUGGAUUAUCAGCAAGAGGUGUUUUUAAAAUGGUGAUGAGCAUUGGUUGGAAUCCAUAUUUCAACAACAAAGAAAAGACUAUUGAACCAUGGCUACUUCAUGACUUUAAUGAGGAUUUUUAUGGGGAAGAACUGCGACUUGUUAUAGUUGGUUACAUACGUCCGGAGGUCAAUUUUCCAUCCCUUGAAAGCUUGAUAGCUAAGAUUCAUGAAGACCGCAAAGUUGCUGAGAGGGCUCUUGAUCUUCCCUUGUAUUCAAGUUAUAAGAAUGAUUCAUAUGUGAGAAGCUCGUAGUACUGAUUUUAUGAAUCCUAUAGCUUCUUGUUGAUGAAACCCCUGCAUUUGGACUGGUAUUAUUGUUUUGGGUGCAAAAUCCACUUCUUCCACACAAAAACUGUUUGUCAUAUUAUACUUUAUGAUUCUUAAUCAUCACAAUGCAAUGUGAUUUGAAACAUGCAUAAAGUAGUAAUACAAAAAUAGCCGUUAUUUUCCUUU